AUGGAGGUGGACGCCGAGGAGAAGCGGCAUCGCACGCGGUCCAAAGGGGUUCGAGUUCCCGUGGAGCCGGCCAUACAGGAGCUGUUCAGCUGCCCCACCCCCGGCUGUGACGGCAGCGGCCACGUCAGCGGAAAGUAUGCGAGACACAGAAGCGUAUACGGUUGCCCCUUGGCUAAAAAAAGAAAAACACAAGACAAGCAGCCCCAAGAACCUGCUCCCAAGCGAAGACCGUUUGCGGUGAAAGCAGACAGCUCGUCGGUGGAUGAGUGUUACGACAGCGACGGCACCGAGGACGGAGACGAGAAGGAGGAGGACGAGGACGAGGAGGACUCGGACGAGGAGGAGGCGCGGAGGGAGGACGAGGACGAGGACGGGGACGGGGACCGGGAGGAGGAGGAGGAGGAGAUGGAGGAGGAGGACGAGGAGGAGGACGAGGACGGCGAGGACGUGGAGGACGAGGAGGAGGACGAGGAGGACGAGGAGGAGGACGACGAGGAGGAGGACGACGAGGAGGACGAGGCGCGCCAGGUGAGCUGCCACGGGCCCCGCCUGCUGCCGGACGUGGAGAAGGACGAGAACAACGCGGACGAGUACGAGAACUACGACGAGCUGGUGGCCAAGUCGCUGCUGAACCUGGGCAAGAUCGCGGAGGACGCCGCCUACCGCGCGCGCACCGAGUCGGAGAUGAACAGCAGCACGUCCCGCAGCCCGGAGGACGGCAGCGACCAGAACGAGGCCCCCGGCCGCAAGGGCGAGCUCAGCCUGGACCUGGACAGCGACGUGGUCCGCGAGACGGUGGACUCGCUGAAGCUGCUGGCGCAGGGCCACGGCGCGGCGCUGGGCGACCCCGCGGGCGACCGCGGCUACGCCGACGCGCUGGCCGCGCCCGACGGCAGGGCCGCCCCCUAUGGGCCGCUGGGCAAGCCGGCCAACAACGGGCUGGCGGAGAAGCUGGUGGAGGAGAGCGACGAGGAGGUGUGCCUGAGCAGCCUGGAGUGCCUGCGCAACCAGUGCUUCGACCUGGCCCGCAAGCUGAGCGAGGGCAGCCCGCAGGAGCGGCCCCCGCUGCCCGGCGCCGGCCCCCGCGCGCACGGCCGGCCCGACGAGGACUUCGCGGGGCGGACGCCCGACCGCAGCUACUCCGACAUGAUGAACCUGAUGCGGCUGGAGGAGCAGCUGAGCCCCCGGCCCAGAACCUUCUCCGGCUGCGCCAAGGAGGACGGGUACCACGCGCGCGAGGACGACGCCGCCUCCGUGACCUCCGACCGGUCGGAGGAGGUGUUCGACAUGACCAAGGGCAACCUGACCCUCCUGGAGAAAGCCAUCGCCCUGGAGACCGAGCGGGCCAGGGCCAUGAGGGAGAAGAUGGCCGUGGAGGCCGGAAGGAGGGACAGCCUGCGGUCCUACGAGGACCCGUCCCCGCGCCCGCUCCCCGGGGAGGAGAGGAAGCCCAAGUCCGGUGACAGCCAUGUCAAAAAGCCAUACUAUGGUAAAGAUCCCUCGAGAGCAGAAAAGAAAGAGAGCAAGUGCCCCACCCCCGGGUGCGAUGGAACGGGCCACGUAACCGGGCUUUAUCCGCAUCACCGCAGUCUGUCCGGAUGCCCGCACAAAGAUAGGGUCCCUCCAGAAAUUCUUGCCAUGCAUGAAAAUGUGCUCAAGUGUCCUACUCCAGGCUGCACAGGUCGAGGGCACGUAAAUAGCAACAGGAACUCGCACAGAAGCCUCUCCGGAUGUCCUAUUGCUGCGGCAGAGAAACUGGCAAAGGCCCAAGAAAAGCACCAGAGCUGUGACGUGUCCAAGUCCAACCAGGCCUCGGACCGAGUGCUAAGGCCCAUGUGCUUUGUAAAGCAGCUCGAGAUCCCUCAUUACGGCUACAGAAACAACGUCCCCACCACCACGCCUCGCUCCAACUUGGCCAAAGAGCUGGAGAAAUAUUCCAAGACGUCGUUUGAAUACAACAGUUACGACAGCCAUCCUUACGGCAAGCGGGCCAUAGCUCCCAAGGUGCAAACCAGGGACAUAUCCCCCAAAGGAUAUGAUGCGAAGCGGUUCUGCAAGGACGCCAGCCCGAGCAGCAGCGCCGCCAGCACCUACGCGCCCAGCAGCAGCAGCAACCUGAGCGGCGGCGGGAGCAGUGCCAGCAGCACGUGCAGCAAGAGCAGCUUCGACUACACGCACGACGUGGAGGCGGCGCACAUGGCGGCCACGGCCAUCCUCAACCUGUCCACGCGCUGCCGCGAGAUGCCGCAGAACCUGUCCACCAAGCCGCAGGACCUGUGCGCCGCGCGGACCCCUGACGUGGAGGUGGAUGAGAACGGGACCCUCGACCUGAGCAUGAACAAGCCGCGGCCGCGCGAGGGCUGCUGUCCCAUCCUGACGCCCCUGGAGCCCAUGUCCCCCCAGCAGCAGGCGCUGAUGGGCAGCCGGUGCUUCCAGCUGAGCGAGGGCGACUGCUGGGACUUGCCCGUGGACUACACCAAAAUGAAGCCCCGGAGGAUCGAUGAGGACGAGUCCAAAGAGAUUACUCCGGAAGACCUGGAUCCCUUCCAGGAGGCUCUGGAAGAAAGAAGGUACCCGGGGGAGGUGACCAUCCCGAGCCCCAAGCCCAAGUACCCCCAGUGCAAGGAGAGCAAGAAGGACUUGAUAACUCUGUCCGGCUGCCCGCUGGCUGACAAAAGCAUUCGAAGUAUGCUGGCCACCAGCUCACAAGAACUCAAGUGCCCCACUCCCGGCUGCGACGGCUCCGGGCACAUCACCGGCAACUACGCGUCCCAUCGGAGCCUUUCAGGUUGCCCGAGAGCGAAGAAGAGUGGCAUCAGGAUAGCACAGAGCAAAGAGGACAAGGAGGACCAGGAGCCCAUCAGGUGCCCCGUGCCCGGGUGCGACGGCCAGGGCCACAUCACCGGCAAGUAUGCCUCUCACCGCAGCGCGUCCGGGUGCCCCUUGGCAGCCAAGAGGCAGAAGGACGGGUACCUCAACGGCUCCCAGUUCUCCUGGAAGUCGGUCAAGACGGAGGGCAUGUCGUGCCCCACGCCGGGCUGCGACGGGUCCGGGCACGUCAGCGGCAGCUUCCUCACACACCGCAGCUUGUCCGGGUGCCCGCGGGCCACGUCGGCCAUGAAGAAGGCGAAGCUGUCGGGGGAGCAGAUGCUGACAAUCCGGCAGCGGGCCAGCAACGGCAUAGAGAACGAUGAGGAGAUCAAACAGCUGGACGAGGAGAUCAAGGAGCUGAACGAGUCCAACUCCCAGAUGGAGGCCGACAUGAUCAAGCUCAGGACUCAGAUCACCACCAUGGAGUCCAGCCUGAAGACCAUCGAGGAGGAGAACAAGGCGAUCGAACAGCAGAACGAGUCCCUGCUGCACGAGCUGGCCACCCUGAGCCAGUCCCUGAUCCACAGCCUGGCCAACAUCCAGCUGCCGCACAUGGAUCCAAUCAAUGAACAAAAUUUUGAUGCAUACGUGACUACUUUGACGGACAUGUAUACAAAUCAAGACCGUUAUCAGAGCCCAGAAAAUAAAGCUCUACUGGAAAAUAUAAAGCAGGCUGUGAGAGGAAUUCAGGUCUGAACAGCUGCUGUAGUGAUGGAAUCUUGCUUAAAAAAAGGAUGCCUCUUGUUUUUUGCUGCUGUAAUUUACCAGAAAGUGUUAUAUAUUUAUUUCUGUUGGAAACAGUGUUAUGCUUACAAGACUUCAUAAUGAUUUUAUGUCUUGCUUUAAAGAUAGUAC